AUGGCCCCCAAUAUCCGAAAAUCCCACCCCCUACUAAAAAUCAUCAACAGCUCCCUAAUCGACCUCCCCUCCCCCUCAAACAUCUCAGCCUGAUGAAACUUCGGCUCCCUUCUAGGAAUCUGCCUCAUCACUCAAAUCCUAACAGGCCUCCUCCUAGCUAUACAUUACACAGCAGACACCUCACUAGCCUUCUCAUCCGUAGCCCACACCUGCCGCAACGUCCAAUACGGCUGACUAAUUCGCAAUCUCCAUGCAAACGGCGCAUCCUUCUUCUUCAUCUGCAUCUACCUUCACAUCGGCCGAGGAUUCUACUACGGCUCAUAUCUCUAUAAGGAGACCUGAAACACCGGAGUCGUUCUCCUACUGACCCUAAUAGCAACUGCCUUCGUAGGUUAUGUACUACCAUGAGGACAGAUAUCCUUCUGAGGGGCUACAGUCAUUACCAACCUAUUCUCAGCCAUCCCGUACAUCGGACAAACCCUGGUAGAAUGGGCCUGAGGGGGAUUUUCAGUAGACAACCCCACCCUAACUCGAUUCUUCGCCCUACACUUCCUUCUCCCCUUCCUAAUCGCAGGCAUUACUCUCAUCCACCUCACCUUCCUACACGAAACCGGAUCCAACAACCCCCUAGGAAUCGUAUCUCACUCCGACAAAAUCCCAUUCCACCCCUACUUCUCCCUAAAAGAUGCCCUAGGGUUCGCUCUCAUAUUCAUCCCACUCCUGACCCUAGCUUUCUUCUCACCUAACCUCUUAGGGGACCCAGAAAACUUCACCCCAGCCAACCCCCUAGUCACACCCCCUCACAUCAAGCCAGAAUGAUACUUCCUAUUUGCUUACGCCAUCCUACGCUCCAUCCCCAACAAGCUAGGAGGCGUCCUUGCCCUAGCGGCCUCCGUUCUAAUCCUAUUCCUUAUCCCUUUUCUCCACAAAUCCAAACAACGCUCCAUGACAUUCCGACCCCUCUCCCAAAUCCUAUUCUGACUCCUCGUGGCCAACCUACUUAUCCUGACAUGAAUCGGCAGCCAACCUGUAGAACACCCCUUCAUCAUCAUCGGCCAAAUAGCCUCCUUCUCAUACUUCCUCAUCCUUCUAGUCCUAUUCCCCGCUAUCGGAGCUCUAGAAAAUAAAAUGCUCUACUAA